UGGAACUUCAGUUGAGGUAGCCCGCAGGCGCCGGUUUUCUUGUACUCUUGUACUCUGUGUAUUCUGUGCACCUAGGUAUUCUGCAUUCUCUGCGUGGCAACUUUCCGCUCCAGCUCAGCCCCCCCCCCAUAUCGCACCCGUGGGCUACCCCACCAGCCGCAUGCCGUGGCCUCUUGGCCCUCUUUUGGUGGUGCUGCAUCCCGGGUCGGUGUUUCCCCCGCCCGAAACUCACCCACGUCGCCAACUUUCCACGCGUCGGUCGACUCCUGCAGCUCUCUCAGCUUCUUCAGCUUUCUCGGCCUUCUUUUCUUCCUCGCACACGUGCAUCGUGCGAGCGAGAGACGCCCACACUUCUCUUCGUCUGCUUCCUCAGCGUCCUCUAAAUAAAGCCUACCCACAUCGAAGCCGACCCUCCGACCUCCGACCUCUCCGACCCCCCCCAACCCCGACCGAUCCUGAAAGUCAGCCGCGGGCACUAACCCAACCAUGGGUCUCAUCGAAACCAUCGACGAGAGCCUCUCCAGCUUGGCUGGCCAGUGGAAUCCCUACUCGACCGGCCUCCUGACUCUGCUCUUCGCUCUCGUUUCCUACCGCGUGCUCACCACCCGCGAGCCCGAUGUCCACCCCAUGCUGCUGGCCCGGCAGGCCGUUCCGUCUCCCGUCCGGAACGAGGGCGAAAGCCCCGUCUACAGGUCUCAGGCCGCCCCUCACGGCAUGCCCCUCAACCCCGGUCUGAACGUCAAGGAUGCCGGCGCCUCCAAGUGGUCGCGCGGCCGCGAUGGCGACUUGAGAGAUGUCUGGCGCAGGGUCGUCCAAGGUGGCGACGACGGCGUCACGGGAAAGAUCCAGACCGUCCUGGGAAAACAAGUCGUUGUCGACCACAAGCUACAGGACAUUACCCGCCAGAUCAACCUCAUCGGACAGCACAUUGCCGACCAGGGUGGUAUCCGGGUCGCCAUCUAUCUGCCCAACUCCGUCGAACUCCUUGCAACGCUCUUCGCCUGCAGCUUCUACUCGAACCUAACCACCGUCCUGGUCCCCUUCAACGUCACUGAUGACGAGCUUGUUUCCAUGCUCCGCCGCUCCGCCGUCGACACUUUGAUUACCGCCCCCGGCGCAUUCCCCUUCGAUGCCGUCAUCAAGGCAUACCCAUCUCUGCGCCAGCUCAUCUGGGUUACGGAUGAAGGCAGUAGCCACAUGGAUUGGAAUGAGGUCCCCGAGGGCACCGGCAGCAGCAUCAACGUUGCCACCUGGCAGGAUAUCCUGAGAGAUGCCCCCGUCGAGGCUGGACUCGAGCUUCCCAACCUUGAUCCCGAGCACGCUCCCAUGGACAUUGUGACCUUUUGGCAGACCAAGCCCGGCCAGAUGGAGGAGAUGGUGCGCUUCAACCAGGCAAACAUGGUGUCCGCCAUUGCCGCACAGCUUGCUGCCAUCCCCGUCAAGGAGCGCAUCAAUCCAUCCGACCUGUUCCUCCCCGCCGACUCGCUUGCCAAUGUCCACACUCUGGUCCUCACUCUGGCCGCAAUGUACUCGAAUGCAUCAAUCGCCCUGAACUCUGUUGCUGGACAGUCACCAGAUAUCGUCGUCGCAACUCAGGGUGUUGCACCGACCAUCAUCGUCGCCAGCCCCCAGACGCUCCUUGUCUCACACGCCGAAUCGAUGAGGAGGCUAAGCUCUCCUCUGGCCAAGGCCUCGCACGCCCUCUCGACGCGUUCUCUGACCCAGGAAGGCAUCAUGUCCGGCUCGAACCCUCUGUCUGCCUUCGCUUCUGGCGCAUCCCCAACCAUCGGCACAACCCCAGGAAAGCUCCGCCUCGUCUACACGGCCGAGCGAGCGGGUGCCGAUACGCCUCAUCUCUCAGCCAGUGUCCUCUCCGAUCUUCGUAUUUUCACGGGUGCGAGACUCGUUUACGCGCUGACGGCGGCCAAGGUUGCUGGAGCGAUCACCCAGACUGCAUUUUAUGACUACCGACUUUGCGACGAUGGCAAUGGUCAUUUCGGCUCACCCUUGACGAGCGUCGAGGUGUUCUUGAAGGACGAAGGGCCGCACCAGACUACAGAUGAGAAGAUCGAAGGAAAGAUUGUGGUGAAGGGCCCCUGUGUUGCUGGGGGAGUGGCCAACAUUGGUGUUGCUGGAAGGAUUCGCAACGACAACACGCUGGCUUAUGCUUGAAGACAUACAAUCAAUACCCCUGAGGACCGUUCACAUGAUGAUAGAUAUGCGCGGAUAGGAGAAUUGCUGAUGACCUUUUAUUGGUGAAUAAUGAAUGGGAUAUUUCAUUUACCCUGUGUGGUUGAUGUUUUCUUGCCGUCGCUGUGCAAUGUAAAGUGUUGAGCAGGGUUGUCAAUGAAGGGACACGAAUAAGGCCCGGGUCGCAUAGGGCUGUGGCUGUUCUCGGUAGCUGAAACAAGGUGUAGCGAGCGCGUGGUUGACAGCUGCAUGUGAGCGAUGGUGUAAACUCUGAUGUGGGAGAUGACAUGUUCGAAAGUUCCAUGGGUGAAAGAAUCAGUUAGUGCUUUCGCCCCCACAGAGACGAUAAAUUUGGUCUAGACCAGACGGCACUUCAUAAUCAGCUCCUCAUUACCCGCUGGCUAGGUAUUCUAAAGCGAGCUAUAGCC